CGUACGAGAUACGGUGUUCUCUCCGAUUUCUAUAGUAUAUAUAGGACUACUCUAUACACUGUCAAGUGGAUAGAGCGAGAGCAAAUACAACAAUUUUAGCGCACCUGCCAACAGAACAUGAGUGACGCUGCGAGAAAUCGGAAGAUCUCUGGCCGGCAGCACGCGGCUUUAGCCCGCACCCACUACACCGCACUGACACGUGCCCACGUGAAUACCUGGUAGACUUCCCCACUGAAUCACAAGCACGAGCACCCAGUUGACCUCGACACGAACACCUCUGAACGUUGUACGUUGUAGUGUGGGGGGAUUCCUUUUCAAGGGAUCUUCCGGCGUCGAAGAUUACAGUGACAACCCAAGGACUGAGCUUAAUGUUAAAGCUCAACCCGCCUCCUUCUUCGGUCACACACCCUUUCCAUGCGCCUCGCUGCCCGACCGCCUAAGCGACGUAGCCCAACAUGACUGCCAAAGCCACCUCGAAAUGGGCCGUCGCCGACGAAGAGACUGCUGCAGCUAUAGCGUUAAGGAAAAAAGAGAAAGAAGAGAAGAGACGCUUGAAGGAAGAGAGAGCUCGAAAGGCUUCGGCCGCAGCAUCACCGCCCGACCUUUCUCACACUACUCCUGCUGACGACACCGAGCGAGCUGCCAAGAGACCGAGACUCUCUUCCACCGAAGAGAACGAGCCAUCACGGUCAGCUGAAGAGGAGGGUUCGCAUAUGCUGCACUUCCCCAGUGGACAAUUCGGCCCCUGCGUUCAUGUUGACCAGUAUGACCUCCUCAACAACAUUGAGGAAGGCUCUUACGGUGUGGUCUCCCGCGCACGGACGAAAUCUUCAGGCGAGAUUGUAGCGUUGAAACGGUUAAAAAUGGAACACACCAACGACGGGUUUCCAGUCACUGGACUCCGGGAGAUUCAAACUUUAAUGGCAAGUCGGCAUGCAAAUGUGGUCAAGUUAUUAGAGGUCGUUAUGGGGGAUAGCUUGAAAGAUGUAUAUUUCGUCAUGGAAUUCUUGGAGCAUGACCUGAAAACUCUUCUUGAAGACAUGGCUGAACCCUUCCUACCCUCGGAAAUCAAAACGCUGUUGCUUCAAAUUGUUUCAGCAACCGAGUUUCUCCAUUCCCAUUGGAUCAUACAUCGGGACUUGAAGACAUCGAACCUUUUACUAAACAAUCGCGGGGAGCUCAAGUUGGCCGACUUCGGCAUGGCCAGGUAUACCGGCAACCCUCCGCCUAAGUUGACUCAGCUUGUGGUCACGUUGUGGUACAGGGCUCCAGAGCUAUUGCUCGGGGCUGAAGAAUAUGGGUUCCCCGUCGACAUUUGGAGUAUAGGAUGUAUUUUCGCCGAGCUUUUGACCAAAGACCCUUUAUUCCAAGGCAAGAAUGAAGUCGACCAGUUGUCAAAGAUCUUUGCAUUACUCGAUACGCCCACCAACGACACGUGGCCUGGCUUUCGAUCAUUACCCAACGCCAAAGCUCUACAUCCUGUUAUAUCCAGCUCGGCCCGUCGGUCAUCCCUUUCAGCUUCGAAGUUUCCAUAUAUAACGAAGGCCGGUCUUCGUCUACUCUCGUCUCUGCUGGAGCUGUAUCCAAUUGCCCGACCAACCGCCACCGAGAUUUUCUCACACCCCUAUUUCAGGGAAGAUCCUAAGCCCAAAGCUAAAGAAAUGUUCCCCACAUUCCCCAGCAAAGCCGGACAGGAGAAGCGGCGGCGCAGAGCCACCCCUCAGGCUCCAGAGCGUGGCGAUGCUCCCAGACUGGACGAACAAGAUGUUACUGACAUUUUUGCCAGACGGGCUGAUGAGGAGCAUGGUGCCGGGUUUGCUCUCAGAUUGGGGUAG